UCACCGAUGCGGUGUUUGACGAACUACUUGGUGCGAUGUUGACUGGGUCUUUACGCUGGGGUGCCCGCCCAAUUAUCCUUCUUCAGGGGAGUAGUUGUUCAGACUUCCUGGUCUCACACCCCAGAGACGUGGACUACGCGACCAGGGUCUCUGUGUGGCUUCAACGUCGUCACCGCAAGCACUCAUCGCCUGAACAGGCCCCCAAAUCCUGGAUCUUGGUCCUGGUCCAUGAGACCUCUAGACCCAAGGUCAAAGUCUGUGACCUUAAUAUUACCCAGUGUUGCUCCACACUGACUUUGGAUAGUAGCUCUGCCCAUUAUCCAGUGUUGAAAAGUGUGGCAUCGCCGUGCCUUAAAGAUCGACCGCAUCUCUAAAAGCAGUUACAAAAUUAUUUAAUAACGAUAAGACCGCAGAUAAAGAGAGCGAUGCGGACAGUUCCAUUAAGCUCAGUUGAUUAAUGGAUCAAAUGAUUUCUCUUGAUUAACUCGCAAUGCAAGGGCGUUAUCGCACUGUUUUUAUCUACUCAUUCUUUUAACGUAAUGAAAGAGCAUCUUGAGAAGCAUUUAUAUUAUCUUAAAUUGAUAAAGAUAAUAAAUUUCAGGAUAUGUGUCGAUUAGAAAAAGAACAAGUUCACGCACACACGAUCAGAAACACAUGUAAUAUACAAACAUUAUAUAAGUAUAUCUAUAUUAUACAUGUGUGUGUAUGUGUGUGUGUGUGUGUGUGUGUGAAACCCUUCUUUGGAUUGCCUCAAUAAAAUUACUGUCAUGGAAGGCAACGGGAAACCUGACUGAUCUUUUUAUUUAUGGCAGACAUCUCAGGAAAUGGCUCUCAGUACCGUUUAAAAGCCUGGGCAUGUAAAGUGAAUUAACAAAUUAUAAAGGGUCAUUGAGAAGAGUUGCCAAAAAGGACCUGUAUUAUGUAUUUAAAAAAAAAA